UAAAAUUACAGUGGAAUGUUUUGUGUCCUAUUUUGUAAUUAUAAAAAGAAACAAAGGUUUCAUUGUAGGAAAAUUCUACCAUCUGUCUUUUCUAUCUUAUUUGUUAUUUUCCCUUGUAGCCUAACUGAGUCUCCAUUCAAAGUUCAUUUGGAAAAACUCAGUUUGAGGCAAAAGAAGCUGGAUGAAGACCUGCAAUUAUACCAGACAUCUCUGGAGCUUAAAUUAAAACAUAGCACUGUCCAUGUGGAUGAGUUGUGUCCUCUCAUUGUCCCCAAUCCGGGAGUUGCUGUCAUUCAUGACUAUGCAGAUUGGGUUAAGGAAGCAUCAGGAGACUUAUUGGAACCACAAAUUGUGAAGCACUGGAGCCUAACAUGGACAUUAUGUGAAGCUCUAUGGGGCCACCUGAAGGAGCUUGACAGCCAGCUGGAUGAGCCCACUGAAUACAUUCAGAUUCUGGAGCGAAGAAGAGCUUUCUCUCGCUGGCUAUCCCAUACUGCUGCACCUCAAAUUGAGGAGGAAGUCUCCUUAACCCGAAAAGACAACCCUGUGGAGGCUGUCUUCAGCUACCUCACGGGCAAGAGGAUCAGUGAGGCCUGCUCCCUGGCCCAGCAGUCAGGUGAUCAUCGUCUUGCCCUUCUUUUAUCCCAGUUGGUUGGCAGCCAGUCGGUCCGGGAGCUGCUUACUAUGCAGCUGGUAGAUUGGCAUCAGCUCCAGGCUGACUGUUUCAUCCAGGAGGAGAGACUGCGCAUCUUUGCCCUCUUGGCUGGAAAACCGGUAUGGCACCUCUCAGAGCAGAAGCAAAUCAAUGUGUGCUCACAGUUGGAUUGGAAACGGUCCCUGGCUGUUCAUCUUUGGUAUUUGCUCCCACCAACAGCCUCCAUUUCCAAGGCACUCAGCAUGUAUGAAGAAGCAUUUCAGAAUACCUCUGAGGGUGACAGAUAUGCCUGCUGCCCACUUCCCUCAUACCUGGAGGACUCUGGCUUUGUGGUAGAGGAGGAGCAAGACUCACAGAGACCUCUUCAAGAUGUCUGCUUUCACCUUCUAAAACUCUAUAGUGACAGACAUUAUGAUCUCAACCAGCUGCUGGAGCCUCGAAGCGUAACAGCAGAUCCUUUGGACUACCGCCUAAGCUGGCACUUGUGGGAGGUGCUGCGGGCUCUUAACUACACCCAUCUCUCAGAGCAGUGUGAGGGUGUGCUGCAGGCCAGUUAUGCUGGCCAGCUGGAAAGUGAGGGGCUCUGGGAGUGGGCCAUCUUUGUCCUCCUGCACAUUGACAACUCAAGCAUGCGUGAGAAGGCUGUUCGAGAGCUGCUUACGCGGCACUGCCAACUGUUGGAGACCCCUGAAUCUUGGGCUAAGGAGAUUUUCCUGACCGAGAAGCUUUGUGUGCCUGCUGAGUGGAUUCAUGAGGCCAAAGCAGUGCGAGCACACAUGGAAUCCGACAGGCACUUGGAGGCCCUCUAUUUAUUUAAAGCGGGGCACUGGAACCGCUGCCACAAACUCGUCAUCCAACAUUUAGCUUCUGAUGCCAUUAUUAACGAGAACUAUGACUACCUGAAGGGGUUCUUGGAAGACCUGGCACCCCCGGAGCGCAGCAGCCUAAUCCAGGACUGGGAAACAUCUGGGCUUGUUUACCUGGACUACAUUCGGGUCAUUGAAAUGCUCCAUCAUAUACAGCAGGUGGAUUGCUCAGGUUAUGAGCUAGAGCAGUUACAUACCAAAGUGACCUCACUGUGCAACCGGAUAGAGCAGAUCCAGUGUUACAAUGCCAAGGAUCGCCUGGCUCAGUCAGACAUGGCCAAACGUGUAGCCAACCUGCUGCGGGUGGUACUGAGCCUUCAGCAUGCCCCUGAUGCAACCUCCGACUCAACGCCAGACCCUCAGCGAGUCCCUUUGCGCCUGUUGGCUCCCCACAUUGGCCGGCUCCCCAUGCCUGAGGACUAUGCCUUGGAGGAACUGCGCAGUCUCACACAGUCCUACCUGCGUGAGCUGACUGUUGGGAGCCAGUGAGCCCCAGGCUCCCCGCACCACACUCACAUGCCAAUUCACACUCACUACGCAGAGGUCCCCUACAUUGAGUUGAUUGGCACCAUUUGCCAUUCUCUGGGCUGGCCAUGGAAUCCACCCUCCCUUCCUGCUGCCCAAGCAGCAACCUCCAGUUGUUCACAGAUUUCUUAAUACUAAACACAGCAUAAGGGCUUUUGGAACCCCAAAAAAAGGAUCCAAGUCUCUUUUUUACCAUCCUCAAGACUAUUCUUUUUUUUUUUUUUUUUUUUUUUUUUUCCCUUUCUUUGUUUAAAUGGUCAGUAAAAAGCAUCGGUAAAGCACCUUUGGCAGAAUUCCCCCACUCCCUAAGAACCAGGGAGUGCUUUUUCUCCCUCAGCCAUUCUGGAUCUUGUGACUCUCGAUGCCAAACUGCUACCCUACUCCUGCCCUUUUAUACUAGGACUCUUUAGCAGGAGUGGGACAGGUGAUGGGACAAAUGUGUUGACCUAGGACUGUCCUCCCUUAACAAGUGAACUAUCCACAGAAGAAAGGAGAAUCUGUCUCUGAAGUAGGUUGUUGAUUAACACUGACUUUUGGAGUCAGAAGAGGGUUGGACUGAAUUAGGAAGCAGAACAGGGUCUUUCUGACCCAUUUAGGGUAGAAGUGAGUGCCUGCCAUGGAGGGAUGGGGCUUCAGGGCUUGAUUGUUCUUCCUGCCUUGAAUGUUCUGUGAACACCAAACCUUCCCUGUGCAGGAGCUCUUGGUCACAGAUCACACAUCUCUGGGAAACUCCCAGAACUCAGUUUGGUGCCUGAUUUUCAGUCAUCUUGCUAGGCCUCCUGUCUGGAUUUGCCUGAAGAGUUUGGAUGAAACAUGGCAGGUUAGGUAGCCCUUCCUGUCCCUCCCACUCUAGCCCAGAGCAUUUCCCACCCUCCAUUUACAGUCCCAGAAGGUGAAACCAUCACUGAGGCAGGCAAGGAUCUGGGCUUCAGGGGGAGGCAGGGGGCUUUUGCUACACUGCUGCCCAUAGCUGUGGGGAGCCCCAGGUAAUGGUCUGAGACUGCUGGUGUGAGGGCUGCCACAGACAACAUGGCCAUGCCUCCCUGGGUCUUUAUGCAUGAAGAUUACGGAAAGGGUUUUAUUAAAAAGUAUACAUACAUAUAUAUAUAUAUAUAUGUAUAUGUAUAUAUAUAUAUAUAUAUAUAUAUAAAUGACCGAGAUUAUUUUCCUCUUU